UGGCAUUGCGUCUGUCAUUGCCAGCCAUGCCAGGUAUCAGUGCUCAAACCUUCUGUGUUUGUUUCCAAUAAGCUGCCCACCUCGGGAAGCAAAAAUGUGUUCUUUUACUUGUCAGAUGAACAUAUGAGACACUUUGACUGCAGUGUGGAGCCUAACAAAGAUCUGUUUUGUGUCCCAGCUGAUCAGCAGGAGGAGAAGAGUCUGACGGAGCAGCAGAGGAACAUUUUCAGCUACUUGGACUCAGCUCAGCUACUACAGAGAAAACAAUGAGCUCAACACAGAAGGACCAACAUGGAGCAAGAAGUCAGCGCUCUCAGGAGGCCGACAAACCUCACAGAAGAAAGAGAGAGAAAACAUACAGCUGUGACGAGUGUGGGAAGGAUUUUGCUGUGAAGGCUAAACUAAAACAGCAUCAGGUCAUCCACACUGGAGAGAGGCCGUUCAGCUGUGACUUGUGUGGAAAGUCUUUUUCCAGGAAGGGUCACCUAAAAGAACACCAACUUAUCCACAGUGGAGUUAAAGCGUACAGCUGUGAUCAGUGUGGCAGAGCUUUUAAUCGCAGUAGCCACUUACAGAGUCAUCUAGUUACCCACUCUGGAAUUAAGGCAUACAGCUGUGACAUCUGUGGAAAAACUUUCAGCCAGAGAGGAAGCCGAAAUAUACACCUACGCAUUCACACCAGACAUGAUGUGUACAGCUGUGAUGAGUGUGGGAAGGAUUUUGCUAUGAAGGCUAAACUAAAACAGCAUCAGGUCAUCCACACUGGAGAGAGGCCGUUCAGCUGUGACUUGUGUGGAAAGUCUUUUUCCAGGAAUCGUUCCCUUAAACAACACCAACUUAUCCACAGUGGAGUUAAAGCGUACACCUGUGAUCAGUGUGGCAGAGCUUUUAAUCGCAGUAGCCACUUACAGAGACAUCUAGUUACCCACUCUGGAAUUAAGGCAUACAGCUGUGAUGAGUGUGGGAAGGAGUUUACUGGGAAUGCUUCACUAAAACAGCAUCAGGUCAUCCACACUGGAGAGAGGCCGUUCAGCUGUGACUUGUGUGGAAAGUCUUUUUCCAGGAAUCGUUCCCUAAAACGACACCAACUUAUCCACAGUGGAGUUAAAGCGUACAGCUGUGAUCAGUGUGGCAGAGCUUUUAAUCGCAGUAGCAACUUACAGAGACAUCUAGUUACCCACUCUGGAAUUAAGGCAUACAGCUGUGACAUCUGUGGAAAAACUUUCAGCCACAGAGGAAGCCGAAAUGUACACCUACGCAUUCACACCAGACAUGAUGUGUACAGCUGUGAACAGUGUGGCAAACAGUUUAUAACUCACGCAGAGUUACAACGACACAUGUUUAACCACACUGAGGGACGACCUUAUAAAUGUGACCUGUGUGAGAAGACUUUUAAAUCUCCACAUUACCUGAGACAACACCAACAGAUCCACACCAGAAAGAGACUCUACAAGUGCAGUUACUGUGAGAAGCAGAGCGACACAGAAGGAUCCAGUUCUCAACCCUGUCAUCACUGUGGUGGUGGGAAAGAGUUUCAUUGUGACCUCUGUGGAAAAACUGUCAGUUCGCAAGCUACCCUAAAAACACAUCAACGUAGACACACUGGAGACAAACUGUAAUACUGCAAAGAAUGUGGGAGAAGCUUCACCAGAUCAUAUGACUUAAAGAAACAUGAACUGAUUCACAGUGGGGUUAAAAAGCACCUCUGUGAUCAGUGUGGGUCAUCCUUCACCACUGCAGGUCAGCUUAAAAGACACAAACGAGUCCACACAGGAGAGAAACCAUACAAGUGCAGACACUGUGACGGAAGCUUCUCACGUUCAGGUAAUCGUAACAAGCAUGAACGUACACACAUGGAAGGAAACUACAGCUGUGACCAGUGUGACAAGAGCUUCAGGAUUCUCAGUUCAUACUCCAAACACAAACGAUCCCACGUUACUAAUAAACUGUUUCACUGUUACCAAUGUGCCAAAACAUUCACUUCAUUGUCUGCUCUGUGCAAACAUCAGCGUGAUCACUCAGGGCUGAAAUCACUCCCAUCACUGGAUCACAGUGAAUCUGAAGAGACAGAAAGAUCCUCUGGUUUCAGAGUCAGAGUCAAAAAGCUUGAGAUCAGGCUCCACAGAGUUCAGAUAGAAUCAUUUAAACUUGUGUUGAACUGAACUGGUUGCUGGGCUGAACUUCUACAUAAUACAGAUGCACAUGGGAUCUUAUUUUCUGUCGUUUUACUGAGUCAGUUUUGUCCUUUUUUCUCUCUCCUGGUUUUGCUCGUCUGUAAAUAAUUGAAACUCAGUCAAAUAGUUCAUUGUUCUCCAGCAAAACGUUUUGGAAACUCAUGUUUAACCUUUAAAACUCUGACAUGUUUUAGCACACAAGGCUUCAUCGGGGAGUUCACUCAUGAUUGGACCAUGAAAAUAAAGGUUUUUAGCUCUUUCAAAGAGAGUCUUGGAGGUGUUUGAUGUUUUUGUUUUUUCUGAAACCACCUGAAAGAAAAACUAUUUUUCUUGCUUUAUGUAGUGUGCAA